CUGACACUAUCUCGCCUUCGUGAAUCGUGACGCCGCUUCCACCUCCGAUUCGAAGCCAUCCUCCUCCUCCGCCGGACGACCAUCUAACACCGCCGUGGAGGGCCCGCGCGACCGUGCCCGCCGGCCAUGGUGCACAGCGCGUACGAUGCCGUCGAGCUGGUGGCCGGCGUGCCGGGCCGCAUCGAGGCCGUCGCCUCCCACGCUGGGAAGCUCCUCGUCGCGGCCUGCGACAACGAGGGCUUCCUCCGCAACUCCGACUGCACCCUGCGCAUCUACUCCGCCCCGUCCACCGCCGACGGCGGCGAGAUCCGGCGGGACGGGUCCUACGCGCUCGAGCGGCAGGAGCCGCGGUUCUGGCGACGCCCGCCCUUAGCGAUGGAGGUCAGCGCCAGCCGCGACCUCCUGCUCUCGCUCUCCGAGUGGAUCGCGCUCCACCGCCUCCCCGGGCUCGAGACCGUCGCCGUCGUCUCCCCCAAGACCAAGGGCGCCAACGUCUUUGCCUGGGACGAUCGGCGGGGCCUCCUCGCCGUCGGCCGACAGAAGCGUCUCACCGUCUUCCGCCUCGACAGUGGGCGAGAAUUUGUUGAGGUGAAGGAAUUUGGUAUACCAGAUGUGGUGAAAUCUAUGGCCUGGUGUGGCGACAACAUAUGUCUUGGGAUUAGGAGGGAGUAUACAAUAAUAAACAGCAUGACUGGGGCACUAACAGAAGUGUUUUCUUCUGGGAGGAUUGCUCCUCCUUUAGUUGUGCCUCUCCCUACUGGGGAGCUCCUUCUCGGAAAGGAUAACAUUGGUGUAUUUGUUGAUCAAAACGGGAAACUUAUUCAAGAUGGCAGGAUAAUUUGGUCUGACACACCUGCUUCUGUUGUUAUACAUAAACCAUAUGCUGUGGCACGCUUGCCACGGCAUGUUGAGAUACGGUCUCUUAGAGCCCCAAAUGCAUUGGUUCAGACAGUUGUCCUCCGCGAUGUUCAAAAGCUUGUUCAAACUGACAACUGUAUACUUGCUGCGCUAUCUAACUCUGUUUAUGGUUUGCUGCCUGUUCCUAUUGGUGCCCAGAUAGUGCAAUUGACCGCGUCAGGAGAAUUCGAGGAGGCGCUAGCAUUGUGUAACCUACUUCCUCCGGAGGAUUCAAACUUACGAGCUGCAAAGGAAAGCUCAAUACAGAUAAGAUAUGGGCACUUUUUGUUCGAUAGUGGGAGCUAUGAGGAAGCAAUGGAGCAGUUCUCAGAUUCGCAUGUGGAUGUUACUUAUGUGCUAUCUUUAUACCCUUCUAUUGUUCUGCCUCAAACACACAUUAUAGGUGAACAUGACAAGCUGCAAGACAUGCCAGAAUUAGCAAGGGAAUCCUCUGAUGUGACAGAUGAGAUGGAAUCAUACUCUAUGCAACUUCAUGAAUCUGAUGAUAAAUCUCCAUUGGAGAUAAAGAAAAUGAGUCACAAUGCUCUAAUGGCCCUUGCGAAGUAUUUGCAGAAGAAAAGAAGUGGAAUAAUAGAGAGAGCAACAGCUGAAGUAACAGAUGAAGUGGUCUCUGGAGCUGUGCACCAUAGCCUAAUCUUAUCUGAGCCAUAUAAGUUGAAGAAGCCAAACAAGAAGCGAGCCCAGACACAUACAAGCUCUAUUGCUAGAGAAAUGGCAACUGUACUGGACACAUCUCUGCUUCAAGCUCUUAUUCUUACUGGGCAGUCAUCAGGGGCAAUAGAAUUGUUGAAAGGACUUAAUUAUUCUGAUUUGAAGAUAUGUGAAGAGUUUCUGAACGAGCGGAGCGAAUAUAUGGUGUUACUUGAGCUCUACAAAAGCAAUGAAAUGCACCGUGAAGCUCUCCAGCUACUCAAUCAGUUAGUUGAAGAAUCAAAAUCUAAGAUGGAAAAUACCGAUUUUAAUACAAAAUUCAACCCUCAAAUGAUCAUUGAGUAUCUCAGGCCCCUUUGUACAUCUGACCCAAUGCUGGUUUUAGAGUCUUCCUUGUAUGUCCUUGAUCGCAACCCGUCAGACACAAUUGAGCUCUUUUUAUCUGAAAAUGUUCCGGCAGAUUUGGUAAAUUCAUAUCUGAAGCAGCAUGCUCCAAAGUUGCAGUCAACUUACCUAGAAUUGAUGCUUUCAAUGAGUGAAACUGGGAUCAAUCCUAAUCUUCAAAAUGAGCUGGUGCAACUGUACCUUUCUGAAGUUCUUGACUGGUACAAGAUUCUGAAGGAAGAGGGAAACUGGACUGAGAAAACAUACUCCCCAACACGGAAGAAGUUAAUAUCUACAUUAGAGAAUAAUUCAGGUUACAAUACAGACUUACUUCUCAAGCGUCUUCCCCAGGAUGCUCUUUUUGAAGAGCGUGCUAUAUUUUGUGGGAAAAUAAAUCAACACCUCCGUGCACUAUCUCUCUAUGUUCACAAGCUCCAGAUGCCAGAGCGAGCAGUUGCAUAUUGUGACCGUGUUUAUGAGGAAGGCUCACAGCAACUAUCCAAGUCAAAUAUUUAUUUUAAUCUUCUACAAAUUUAUCUGAACCCAAGAAAAGCUGAAAAGGAAUUUGAGCAGAAAAUUAUUCCAGUGGCAUCACAGUUCCCUGGGAUUCAAAAGGUUAGCUCUGCUACUAAGGUCAGGGUGGGGCGUACAGGUAAAAAGGUUGUUGAGAUUGAAGGGGCUGACGACAUUCGCUUUAGCCCCAGUGGGACUGAUAGUGGCCGAAGUGAUGGUGAUGGAGACGAUGUAAGUGAUGGAGGCUUGAUAAUGUUGAAUGAAGCACUUGAAUUAUUAAGCCAACGGUGGGACAGAAUUAAUGGUGCUCAGGCUCUUAGGUUAUUACCAAGACACACAAAACUCCAGGAUUUGGUGUCGUUUCUUGAGCCACUAUUGUGCAACUCUAGUGAACAUCUACGCAAUUAUUUGGUUAUCAAAAACUUGAUUUUCCGAGCAAACUUGCAGGUAAAGGAGGAUCUGUAUAAGCGACGUCAGGCUAUUGUCAAGAUAGAUGGAGAUAGCAUGUGCUCUCUUUGCCAUAAGCGCAUUGCAAAUAGUGCUUUCGCAAUUUAUCCAAAUGGACAGACAUUGGUGCAUUUUGUGUGCUUUAGAGAAUCGCAGCAGAUUAAGGCUGUUAAAGGAGCAAACUCUGUGAAACGUAGAUAAUAUGGCCAUGCUCCAGGUCAGUGUCAACCAUCUGUAAUGCAAGGCUCACACAUCUGGGCAAAGGCAAGCCAACCAGCUUGCAAAUUUUGGGUUAUGCUUGGAACAAAGCUGUUCUGACCGUCCCUUCCAUUUUUGGCUGCUUACUCCAGCUGUCCAGCUUUGCCAGUACGCUUUGAUGGAUGGAUGUGCAGUGGUAAUUUAUGGCACGAUGUUUUUGGUUGAAUCUCGUACCCUCUUCAUCGCAUCAACAUUUUAUUGAUGCGAGCUUAUGGAAAUCCUGUUGGUGGCCUUCGUUGUAUUUGAGUGUACUGCUUCAGAAGUUUUGAAGUGAUCUUCAAUAUCUUCGGAGCCUUGGUGUAUUAGUGUGGGUGUGCCUUCUCGCUCUCUUCUAUUUUCAGUCCAGAGAGCGCACCGGAAAACUGUAUAAUGUAGAUGAAAAUGUUGUAAAGUUUAAGUGAUGUGAUGGCCGUGUUUAUAGUGUUCCAACAUGUGUUAGCUGUGAUGUAAAUAGGAGGCAGCUCUAUCUUCUUGUUAGCGUCGCGUUUUGAAAUUUUGAAGGACUGCAAGAUGUGUGAUAUAGGGCAUGCCUCAUUAUAAUGAAAAAGAACACGAACAAUCGGUGUGAUUGAGCAAGGAUCGAUCUUGCCGUUGAACAUGUUGCUAA